GAUUUGCGUUUUUCCACGCCAAACUGCACACGGGGUUUAAAUCUCUUUUAUUCAUCGAUUUAUUGAUUGCCACCGUUUGAUAAUCAGGCUUACUGCAUUCAGGACACGGGGAGUUGGUUAGCAACCCAGAAACAAGAAGAAAAUCCCUCUCGUCGUUGAAGACGAAACAAGUUAGAGAAACGGGAAAUGCCGACAGCCUUGGAUCAAAGGCCGGAAGAAAUAGGGUUCACACAUCUCCAGUCCUUCAAUCCCAAUCCAAAAACCCUGACUUGGGAGCGACUGGAAAACAAGAGACUGAGUAAACUAGGACUGGGGUCCAAGCGGUACUCUCGCCAUUUUCAACGAUUUCAGCGAGAAUCCACCAAUAUGUCUGAUCCGCUCCCAGCUACUAUUGUGAAGGAGGGAGGCACCUCGUAUGUUAUUAUCGGAGGAGAGAAAGUGAAAAUGAACUCGAUUGCGCCAUUCUACACGGAGGAAAAGCCCACCUGUGGAUAUUUCUUUAGUCGCCAAACAGACAAUAAGAAGAAGAAGUUUGGAAUUCCUCCCAGCGACCUCGUGAAGUGGAGGUCAUUCGUUCAGUGAAUGGAUCCGCUCCCCGGGAAAAUAGUUAAACAAAAAGCUUGAAAAUAAACUCGCUUUUCUAAUUGGGAAUUUUCAUGGAAAUUUAGGACAAAGCCACUUUUCUUAGAACUGCAUAUCUGUGAUUUUAUAUAAUUCAUUUUUGUUGAUUUAUUUUUGUUGUGUGGAGUUUUAAUAUUUAUUUUAUUUUUACCACUUGAAACAAGUGUGCACCAAUCCGAAUUGCUCAAGAGAAAUUCUGAACUUAUUUUGCUGGUGCUUUGUACUACAGCUUGGGAUAUUUUCUGAAAGGAAAGAAAACAACCAGUUUAAUAUGUGUGAAAAAAUGAUUGUUGCAGAUUGUUGUUGGCAAGGAUUCUAACAGUAUUAAGUAUUUGCUCGAAAGUUUAACUUGUUGAUUUUUGAAUUUACAAAUUUUAUCUGUAUAUUAACCUUGUUGCAUGAUUUCUAAUAUCAGUAUUACACACAAAGCGUGCUUUUAUAUAUAUACACCCUUUUGCCAUUGUUUUUUACCCCCCUUUUUCAUAUGUAUAAUUUUAUUAUGCUGUAUUAGCCACUGUUUACAUGUAUUGCACAGUAUUAUAUACACCAAUUCCAAUUUUAUAUAGGUUCCCCCCUUUUCUGUGAUAAUUGUAUAUAUCAAUGCUUUGACGGAAUUCCACCUCUACGGCUUCAAUAGUCGGCUUCAGUAGUCCACAAUCCUGUUCUGUUACCUAUGUUGGUAAAUAUUUUACGUUCUUAAGAUUGUUCAAAGCAAUAAAGAUUAAUUUUGCAUAAUAAAA